AUGGACGCACGCACCUCCACCACCCACGUCCCCCAACUGCUACGCUCCCCCGACACCCAACUCACUGCCCACUGGCUCCGCCUCCGCCCGCGUCCGCGCAACUUCUCUAGCUCCCGCCUCCCGCCUCCCGCGCCAUAUAUAGGACCACGCACCCGCACGGCCAGGCCACGCCGCACCACCACCAGCUCCCGCACGCGCACGCCCGCGCAACCCCACCCCACGCAUUUAUUGGCCCUUUGCUGCGCUCGUGCUCGUGCAGCCGCGUCCGAGAUCGCCAGCCAGGCAUGGCAGCCGGCGCCGGCAAGUCGUCGAAGGAGGCGGAUCCCGCGCGGUGCAGGAGGCACCCGAAGCACCGGCACGCGGCGGGUGUGUGCCCGUUCUGCCUACGCGACCGCCUGUCGCGCCUCUCCGCCGCCGCGGCCGCGGCUCCGGCUCCGGCUCCGCGCUCACCGGCGCCGCCUAUGCGUCCGCGUCGGCGUCGGCCUCCUCCCCGCCGUGCUCGUCAUGGGAGGAGACCGUAGCGCAGUCGUCGUCGGCCCAGGCGCCGCGGCCGGCCCGCCGCGGGAGCCUCGCGCUGCUGCUGCGGCAGGAGGGCAGGGAGGCGGCGGCGCUAGCCGCGGGCCGCCGAGCGGAGCAGGAGCAGGAGCGGGAGGGGGAGGAGGAGAGGAAGGCGAAGAGGGGCAACUUCUGGACGCGGCUGCAGCAGCAGCUCCACCACGGUGGCUGGCACAAGAAAGACGGGUGCUCGGUGGCCGCAGAGAGGCAGAACGCCGCCGCGCCGCACAAGCGGGCGCCGGUGGUGUGAUGCUCGAUGCCUCGAUCAGGGGGCGGCGAUCAUCGGAGACCAUGCGGAUCGUGGACGAGCGCGUCGAGGUGCUCGUCGGUUGUGUGCUGUUGCUGUGUUUACGCUGUUGA